CCGAAGCACACCGGCCGUAAGCCCCGUUGUAUGGGCUCUUUCAACGACUAGGGCUAUUGGCUAUUGGCUAUUUGUAAAUCUCUUGAAAUAAAGUGUUUCUAUAGGUCAAGGUGUGACACAUGCACAAUGGAUAACUGGUCGAUUGCCAUGCUCAUUCUCCCUAUUUUUGUAACCUUUUCAUCAGCGGAUCAAGUGAUUUUAGAACAACAGCCAACACCAUCUAAGAGCUGGAUAUGGGACUCAUUGAAGCCGUCAGUGGGAUCUGGUGGACCUGCUGGGUGGGUGAAGCCGACCUAUUACCAAACCUGUGAUAUUUCUCUGAAUGGACACCCACAACCAAACAACUGGCUUAGAAGUAAAGCUAUAGGGAUCCACAGUGGAGUGAAAGCAGUCGACAUUACUAUUGAGUACCUAACUAAGAACUGUUCGUCCUAUUCUGACAAUGGAGGGAAAUAUUGCAAAGAGUAUUUCGACUUAUACGUGCAUCAGUCUGAGCAACCAAUAGAACCCCACCCUCUAACAGACAAUGCUUCUUAUGACAAGAUUGCUAGAACAGCUCCGUCAGCUCUUGGCAUCAGAGUGUCUCAAACGUUUAGAGUAACUGUUAAAGGAAAGUACAUCGUAUUGGCUUUUCAUGACCAGGGUUCUUGUACUGUCCUUUACUCCGUCGCUGUUAAAUAUUACUUCUGCCCAGAGACAGUUCAUGUUGGUCGUUUGGUGUACGUACCACGUACAAUAGCUCCAGAAAACAACUCAGAGCCAGUUGUAGCUAAUUGUAUUAAAAAUGCCGUCCACGAGCAAGGUAUUUUUAGGGUGAACUGCCAAAGUAAUGGGGUCUGGAACUUGAGUUCACUGAACGGAAGAUGUGUGUGCAAGGAGGAUAUGGAGAAUACCAGAGGGGGAUGCAAAGAUUGCCCAGAAGGUAAAUACAACGACAUAAAUGGCUUUAAUUGCACAGUUAUACCAUCAGCCCCGAGAAAUGUCCGAGUUAUCUUCAUUAACCGUAGUGCCUUGGAGUUAAAAUGGCAGCCCCCUGUAGUGACCGGUGAUCAGACCCAAGUGUUUUAUGACAUUGACUGCCGUAAGCCGUAUGAGGAUGAAGACCACGACAAGAGCGUGAAUAAAGUUUGCGGAAGUGACGUCAUUUUCACACCAAAAAAGGAAGGCUUGAACGUUACCCAUGUUAUUGUUGGAAAUCUAUCUUCAUUUGAAGUUUACACUAUGAAAAUCUUCGCUAAGAACCGAGUAAGCGAAUUAGCGAAAACAAAAUAUGGAAUUGAAGCAAACCUUACGGAAAUAACUAUAAGGACCAACGGAUCAGUUCCAGGGAAACCAGAAGUGCAUGUUGAGCAACCGGAAACGGCUGUUGUUGUAUCUUGGAGAAUUAAGGACAUGAACAGUGUCCUCAAAGAGUACCACGUGACUUAUAUAAGAGAAGAUGAUUUGUCAGAAACCCAGACUCUUGCCACUAAGAAAAUGGAAGCGCAGUUUGAUCUAAAGGCGGGAAAGACUUAUGAAUUCCAGGUAUUUGCUAUAAACGACCUUGGUAGGGGUCCUGCUGGUGUGAAGACAUUCACACUUAGAGAAGAAACCGAUGUGACCAUGUAUCUCAAAAUCAUCUAUGGAUUGGUUGGUUCAUUGGUACUUUGCAUUUUGUCUUUUGCAUGUUACAUCAUCUACAACAGAUGGAACCGUCGAAGAAAUGCAAACCGUGAGAAAAUUCCUAAAACAACAGAAACCAGUGUUAUGAUUCAUGAGGACGUCGCAAUGAGUUUUGCAGCUGAACGGCAAAAAGUGGAUCCCUUUAGACUUGACCGAGAUCAAAUAACAACAGUAAAGGUGCUUGGGAGUGGCAACUUUGGUCAAGUGUCCAAAGCAGUCUAUAAACCUUUAAAUUCCGAAGUGGCUGUUAAGUCAUUGAAAGGCGAUGCCCAAAAGAAAGACUUACAAGACAUGCUGACUGAGUUAGAUCUCAUGAAAACCUUGAGGCCUCAUCCCCAUGUUGUUGAGCUCAUUGGCUGUUGUAUUGAAAAAGAUCCACUCCUCAUAGUGUUGGAGUAUUUGCCAUACGGUGAUCUGUUGGGAUAUUUGCGCAAGAGCAGAGGGAUCGAGGAUACUUAUAACACAGGAGAAAAGAGACCAAGCUCAACACUUACAGAUAAGGAACUCUUGUCCUUUGCAUGGAUGAUCGCUGAUGGUAUGAGCUAUUUGUCAACAAUGAAGAUUGUUCAUCGUGAUUUAGCAGCUCGCAACGUGUUAGUUGGGGACAACAAAGUGUGCAAGAUUUCAGACCUUGGUUUAGCGCGUGGUUUGGAGGGAGAUAUUUACACGAGAAAAACUAAGGCUCGUCUUCCAGCCAAGUGGAUGCCCCCAGAAUCUCUCUUGUAUGGCAGAUCUACCACUAUGAGCGACGUAUGGUCAUACGGCAUAGUGAUGUGGGAGGUCUUUACCAUUGGUGGAUCACCAUAUCCGGGAGUAAAAUCAAGAGAAAUUGCUGGCCUACUACAGACAGGAUACCGUAUGCCUAAGCCACCUCACAUCUCACAAGAUCUGUAUUCCAUCAUGACCAAAUGUUGGGAAGAGCAACCUAAAAGGCGACCAACAUUUCAGUGGCUCUGCUCUGCGGUCAAACGGUUAUUGGAUGAUUAUAAGACAUAUGUGAACUUGGAAGUCUACGAAGGCGAUAACUACAUCAACUUUGAUGUGAUAACGAACAAAGAGUGAUGAAAGAUGUCCAAUUUUUACGAUAAAGACGGGAGCGUGGACGCCCGGUGCCUAGUUUGAAUUGGCUUAAUCCUUAUCCUUCAUCUUCGAUUCCCUGUGGCAAAUCAGAUAGGAUAAGAUAAUGUUACAAAUACUAUAUCGUGAACUUAACACAGUUUUUCUCGAGAUACCACAAACCUUAUGUAAGGUUCUAAAUCGGUAUUAUAUGUAGAAAUGAAAAUGAAGAACCUUUCUUUAAUGUUAGGUUCCUCCUGGAAAUCUGCUUGGUUAGAUACGUAUUGUAGUAGCUAGUUGUAUCAAGAUUCAAAAUGGCAGGGUAUAUAGUUGAAUUUUGGGUUUACUUCAGAGAAAGGGCCGUACGUAUUUUGCUUUGUUUUGUAACUACGAUUUGCCCUAGCUGCAAAGCUGCUUCGACACGCGUAAGUGCAACGUACGAAUUAAAAGCACAUUUGAAGACGAUACCAAGAAGCUUAGGUUACCCUUUAGAAUAUCAUAGUACGGUCUAACUGGAUCAUACUUUCUGAUAUGCUAUCCUGUGGCGAGGAUAAAAAUUAUAUAGUAGCUAAAAAUGUCAGAUUUCACUUUUUUCGUCAUGUCUUGC